GGCUGCCCACCCUGCCACAUACUCCUGGUUGUCCUGCUUGGCUCAUCCCAUGGCGUGCUACAGGGAUUAGCUGGUGGCACUUAAAACGUGCUGUGACACCCAUGUGGUGACGUGCAGAUAGACAGAGCCCCCGUGGGAGUGGUGACGGGCUCGAUGUAGCAGCUCACUCAUUGCCUGCAUGCCUUGAGGGGACCAGGCAGGGUCCUUUCCUCUCCCACUUCUGGGGUUUGCCGUAACCAGGACAUAUCUCUGUGCUUCAGUCCCUGGGAAGCCUGGAAGGACACAUGUCCUCAUCCCUGGGGCUGCAACAGGCUGCAGAUUGGGGCUGUUUCUUGCUUUCCUGCCCCCCUGGCGUGGAGUGAUGAUCCCGAUGGCUUUUCCUGGUCCCUGUGGCUUUUCUGGCAGCGAGGCCCCACAAAGGGCUGAAACAGGCUCCUCUUGUUUGUGUGACCCUCAGGUCAAGGACGAGGACAAGUCUUUAGCUGUGAAAAGACCUGGGAAGGAGGAUGGGGCUUCAGAGAGCCCGAAGGAUGCGGCGCCUGCAGCCCCGAAUCCUGAGCCCCCGAAAGCUGAGCCCUCCGCAACUGAGCCCCCGAAGAGCCCGGAGCCACCCCCUGGGCACGGGAAGAGCCCGGAGCCGGUGCUGAAUGGUGCAGCCGUGAACGGGCUGGAGGGCCCGGCCACCGAGGCACAAGGGGAUGAUGAGCAGGGGCUGUCCCGCCGCAGGGUGGUGCGGGUGGUGCGCAAGGUGGUGCGCAAGGUCCUGCCUGGGGAGGACGCCGGCAGUGCCAAGGAACCGGGGCGCGAUGCCAAAGGUCCUGAGCCAGUGCCCCCCCCGAGGAAGGAGGAGACGGGCCGAGCACCCGUCCCAGCUCCUCCUGCCCCACCGCCUCCCCCCGCCGUGCCGGCAGCCCCCGCUAAGCCGGAGCCCAAGGAUGAGAUCUCAGCAGGGCUCAAAACCCUCAUGGCAAAGGGCAAAACCAAAGAGCACCGUCCACGGCUCCGGCCGGGGGACAGGCAGGAGAAGUCCCCCGAGCCGCCUGGGGGGGACGCGAAGCCGUCCCUGUCCCCCGGUGCUGAAGCCAAGCCGGAGCCGCUGGGGCAUCCUUCGGGAGGGAAAGCAGAGCCGGCAAAGGCAUCCGCUCUGAAACCCACCGCCCUGGAGAGGCACAAGAAGCAGCAGCCCAGCGAGAAGCGGCCGAUCCCCACAAAAACUGCCCCGGCGCCCCCUCAGCAGGCAGCUCCCAGCCCCGCAUCCCAGCUGAGCCCGUCAGAGGAGGCACAGCGCCGGCUGGAGAGGAUCUUCACCGCUACUCUGGACCCUGCCGCCCCGGCACCCAGCCAGGUACCGUACCCCUGUCCUCAGGAGCCCCCUGUUUCUACCAGCGACCCCCUGCCAUCCUCUGUGUGCCGCUGGGCUGGCGUCUGUGCCCGCGCCUCGUGCUGGAGCGGUCAAGCGGAUGAUGCCCCGGCAGCCCCCUUUGGCGCCGUCCCUGCUGCAGCUCAGGCAAAGACAGAGGAGCAGAUAGCAGCCGAGGAGGCCUGGUAUGAGACCGAGAAGGUGUGGCUGGUGCACAGGGAUGGCUUCUCCUUGGGCAGCCAACUACGGCCAGAGGACGGCAGCCCCCUGCCUGAGGGCAAGGUGAAGGUGAAGCUGGACCACGAUGGAGCCAUCCUGGAGGUGGAGGAGGACGAUGUGGAGAAGGCGAACCCCCCGUCCUGUGACCGUGCUGAGGACCUCGCCAGCCUCCUCUACCUCAACGAGUCCAGCGUUCUGCACACGCUGCGGCAGCGUUACGGCGGCAACCUCCUGCACACCUACGCCGGCCCCACCAUGGUCAUCAUCAACCCGCUGAGCUCCCCAUCCAUGUACUCCGAGAAGGUCAUGCACAUGUUCAAAGGGUGCCGCAGGGAGGACACGUCCCCGCACAUCUACGCGGUGGCUCAGGCUGCCUACCGCAGCAUGCUCAUGAGCCGCCAGGACCAGGCUGUGGUGCUGCUGGGUGCCAGCGGCAGCGGCAAAACCACCAACUGCCAGCACCUCGUCCAGUACCUCGCCACCAUCGCCGGCAGCACCGGGAAGGUCUUCUCCGCGGAGAAGUGGCAGGCUCUCUACACCGUCCUGGAGGCUUUUGGCAAUAGCAGCACCGGCAUGAAUGGCAACGCCACUCGCUUCUCACAGAUCAUCUCUCUGGACUUCGACCAGGCUGGGCAGGUGGCAUCUGCCUCUGUACAGACGCUGCUGCUGGAGAAGCUGCGUGUCGCCAAGCGCCCGGCCAACGAGGCCACCUUCAAUGUCUUCUAUUACCUGCUGGCCUGCUCUGACAGUGCCCUGAGGACCGAGCUUCACUUCAACCACCUGGCAGAGAACAACGUCUUUGGCAUCACACCCCUCUCCAAGCCAGAGGAAAAGCAGAAGGCGACCCAGCAGUUCAACAAGCUGCAGGCUGCCAUGAAGGUGAUGGGCAUCGCCAGUGAUGAGCAGAAAGCCUUCUGGCUCGUCCUCGGUGCCAUUUAUCACCUGGGGGCUGCCGGGGCCACGAAAGAGCCGCUGGCAGAUGGAGCCGACGCCGACGAAGCCGGGAGGAAGCAGUUUGCAAGGCACGAGUGGGCUCAGAAAGCUGCCUAUCUGCUGGGCUGCAGCCUGGAGGAGCUCUCCUCCUCCAUCUUCAAGCACCAGCCCAAGGGCACCCUGCAGAGAUCCACCUCCUUCCGGCAGGGCCCCGACGAGCCACCCCUGGGCGAGAGCAGCACAGGUCCCAAGCUGACAGCACUGGAGUGCCUGGAGGGCAUGGCAGCCGGCUUGUACUCUGAGCUCUUCACCCUCCUCAUCUCCCUCCUCAACAGGGCACUGAAGUCAAGCCAGCACUCGGUGUGCUCGGUGACGGUGGUGGACACCCCCGGGGCACAGAACCCGGAGCUGUCAGGGCAGAGCCGAGGGGCCACCUUCGAGGAGCUGUGCCACAACUAUGCCCAGGAGCGCCUGCAGCUCCUGUUCCACCAGCGCACCUUCGCCCGCGAGCUGGAGCGCUACAAGGAGGAGAACAUAGAGCUUGCCCUGGCUGAUGCUGAGCCCAGCUCUUCUGGCUCUGUCGCUGCCGUAGACCAGCCCUCGCACCAGGCACUGGUCCGGUCACUGGCACGCACGGACGAGGCACGAGGGCUGCUGUGGCUGCUGGAGGAGGAGGCUCUGCAGCCGGGCGGCAAUGAGGACACCUUGUUGGAGCGGCUCUUUUCCUACUACGGCCCCCAGGAAGGAGGCAAGAAAGGACACAACCCGCUGCUCCCCAGUGACAAGCCCCGGCACUUCCUCCUGGGGCACAGCUCGGGGACCAACUGGGUUGAGUACGAUGCCACGGGCUGGCUCAACUAUGUCAAGCACAACCCAGCCACCCAAAACGCCUCCAUCCUGCUGCAGGAGUCGCAGAAGAAGGUCAUCAGCAGCCUGUUUGCCGGCCGUGGUGGGUCAGCGCUGGUGCUGUCGGGCUCGGUGGCAGGGUUGGAAGGGGGGUCCCAGCUCGCCCUGCGCCGCGCCACCAGCAUGCGCAAGACCUUCACCACCGGCGUGGCCGCCGUCAAGAAGAAGUCCCUCUGCAUCCAGAUCAAGCUGCAAGUGGACGCCCUCAUCGACAGCAUCAAGAAGUCCAAGCUGCACUUUGUGCACUGCUUCCUGCCCAAGGCGGCGGGGGGCGGCGGGGACCCCCGUGCCGGGCCGUGCCGGCGGGUGAGCGGCAGCGAGCUGGAGCUGCCCGCGGAGCACUGCGAGGCCGGGCUCAUGCAGCUCGACGUGCCCCUGCUGCGCGCCCAGCUCCGCGGCUCCCGCCUGCUCGAUGCCCUCCGCAUGUACCGCCAAGGGUACCCUGACCACAUGGUGUUUGCGGAGUUCAGGCGGCGCUUUGACGUCCUGGCCCCUCACCUGACCAAGAAGCACGGGCGCAACUACAUCGUGGUGGAUGAGAAGCGGGCAGUGGAGGAGCUCCUGGAGUCGCUGGACCUGGAGAAGAGCAGCUACCACAUGGGUCUGAGCCGGGUGUUUUUCCGGGCUGGAUCGCUGGCCAGGCUGGAGGAGCAGCGGGAUACGCAGACCAGCAGGAACAUCACCCUCUUCCAGGCAGCUUGCAGGGGUUUCCUGGCACGGCAGCAGUUCAAGAAGAGGAAGAUCCAGGAUUUGGCCAUCCGGUGCGUGCAGAAGAACAUCAAGAAGAACAAGGGGGUGAAGGACUGGCCCUGGUGGAAGCUCUUCACGACGGUGCGGCCCCUCAUCGAGGUGCAGCUCACUGAGGACCAGAUCCGUGGCAAAGACGAAGAGAUCCAGCAGCUGAAGAGCAAGCUCGACAAGGUGGAGAAGGAGAGAAACGAGCUGCGGCUCAACAGCGACCGCCUGGAGAGCAGGAUCACGGAGCUGACAUCGGAGCUGACGGACGAGCGGAACACUGGAGAGUCAGCUUCCCAGCUGCUGGACGCCGAGACAGCCGAGAGGCUGCGGGCAGAGAAGGAGAUGAAGGACUUGCAGGCUAAGUACGAUGCUCUGAAGAAGCAGAUGGAGUCGAUGGAGAUGGAGGUGAUGGAAGCUCGGCUCAUCCGGGCGGCAGAGCUCAAUGGGGAGCUGGAUGAUGAUGAUUCUGGUGGCGAAUGGCGGCUGAAAUACGAGCGUGCGGUGCGGGAGAUCGACUUCACCAAGAAACGGCUGCAGCAGGAGCUGGAGGACAAGCUGGAGGUGGAGCAGCAGGGCAAGAGGCAGCUGGAGAGGAAGCUGACAGACCUGCAGGCGGACAGCGAGGAGAGCCAGCGGGUGCUGCAGCAGCUGAAGAAGAAGUGCCAGCGCCUGGCUGCGGAGCUGCAGGACACCAAACUGCACCUCGAGGGCCAGCAGGGACGGAACCACGACCUGGAGAAGAAGCAGCGGAGGUUUGAUAGCGAGCUCUCGCAGGCGCACGAGGAGGCACAACGGGAGAGGCUGCAAAGGGAGAAGCUGAGCCGCGAGAAGGACGUGCUGGUGGCCGAGGUCUUUGGCCUCAAGCAGUUGCUGGAGGACAAGGACUCGGACAUCGCAGGGCUGACACAGAAGGCAGAGGCGCUGGAGGCUGAGCUGCAGGACAUCUCCUCCCAGGAGUCAAAGGAUGAAGCCUCCCUGGCCAAGGUGAAGAAGCAGCUGAGGGACCUGGAGGCGAAGGUCAAAGACCAGGAGGAGGAACUGGAUGAGCAGGCUGGGACCAUCCAGAUGCUGGAGCAGGCCAAGCUGCGGCUGGAGAUGGAGAUGGAGCGGCUACGGCAGACCCAUGCCAAGGAGGUGGAGAGCCGCGACGAGGAGGUGGAGGAGAUUCGGCAGUCGUGCCAGAAGAAGCUGAAGCAGAUGGAGGUGCAGCUGGAGGAGGAGUACGAGGACAAGCAGAAAGUGCUGAGAGAGAAACGGGAGCUGGAGAGCAAGUUAUCUGCUGUCAGUGAGCAGGCCAACCAGCGGGACUUCGAGACGGAGAAGCGCCUGCGCCGGGACCUGAAGAGGACGAAGGCGCUGCUGGCCGAUGCACAGAUCAUGCUGGACCACCUGAAGAACAACGCGCCCAGCAAGAGGGAGAUCGCCCAGCUCAAGAACCAGCUGGAGGAGUCGGAGUUCACGUGCGCGGCCGCCGUCAAGGCCCGCAAGUCCAUGGAGGUGGAGAUCGAAGACCUUCACCUGCAGAUCGAUGACCUCUCCAAGGCCAAGGCAGCGCUGGAGGAGCAGCUGAGCCGGCUGCAGCGGGAGAAGAACGAGGUGCAGAGUCGGCUGGAGGAGGACCAGGAGGACAUGAAUGAGCUGAUGAAGAAGCACAAGGCGGCUGUGGCUCAGGCAUCCCGGGACCUGGCGCAGAUGAGCGACCUCCAGGCACAGCUGGAGGAGGUCAGCAAGGAGAAGCAGGAACUGCAGGAGAAGCUGCAAGGCCUGCAGAGCCAGCUGGAAUUCCUGGAGCAAUCCAUGGUGGAUAAGUCGCUGGUGAGCCGGCAAGAGGCCAAGAUCCGUGAGCUGGAGACCAGGCUGGAGUUCGAGCGGACGCAAGUCAAGCGCCUGGAGAGCCUGGCCACACGGCUGAAGGAGAACAUGGAGAAGCUGACGGAGGAGCGGGAUCAGCGCGCAGCUGCUGAGAACAGGGAGAAGGAGCAGAACAAGCGGCUGCAGCGGCAGCUUCGCGAUGUCAAGGAGGAGAUGGGCGAGCUGGCCAAGAAGGAGGCAGAGGCCAGCCGCAAGAAGCAUGAACUGGAGAUGGACCUGGAGAGCCUGGAAGCCGCCAACCAGAGCCUGCAGUCGGACCUGAAGCUGGCCUUCAAGCGCAUCGGGGACCUGCAGGCGGCCAUCGAGGAUGAGAUGGAGAGUGACAGCAAUGAGGACCUCAUCAACAGUUUGCAGGACAUGGUGGCAAAGUAUCAGAAAAGAAAGAGUAAACUUGACGGUGACUCAGACGUGGACUCGGAGCUGGAGGAGCGCGUGGAUGGGGUGAAGUCCUGGCUCUCCAAGAACAAAGGCUCCUCCAAAGCACUCUCGGAUGACGGCAGCCUGAAGGGCAGCAGGUCAGCCCCACCGGAUGGUCCGGAGGGUGAGGAGCGCCCGGUGUCGGUGUUGAGCUGCCUCAGCUAUAGGAAGCGGCCGGGCCUCAAGGACUCUAUAGGUGGCCAUGGGGAUGAGCAGACGCUGUUCAGUGCCUUGGGAGAGCGGCCGCCUUCCCCCGAGCGUGCUGCUCGCAGGGCAGCCCGCAGCACCGAGCCCGAGGACCGGGCGGCUGUGAUCGCCCGCGCCUUCGCCGAUGCCAGCAGCCGGGCUCGCCAAGGGCUGGGCAAGCGCUGGUCCCUCUCUGCUGCCGAUGGAGACAAAGCCUCCGUCGCCUCUGCCCCGGUGAGCCGGGCGUCCUCAGCCUCCUGGCGCGGGAUGGAGGAUGAGGAGGCAGGGGAUGAGCGGUCCUCAGUGCUCAGCUUCGCCCUCUCCAGCCCUGGGAGCUUGAGGAGCCGGCGCGGGGGACCUGAAGGUCGCCCCGAGUCGCGGCUCUCCCUGGCCCGCAGCCGCAUGGAAGAGGCGGACGAGGGUUCCCGUGGGCAGCCCCCGCUGGGGCGCAGCUUCUCUGUGCCCCCCCGGCCCCGCAGCGCUGCCUCUGAAGAGGGGAGUCCCAGGGACGCCCGCCCCGUGGGGCACCGCUCCUACCUGGACCCCGACCUGGAAGCUGCCAUCCAGGAGGUGCUGAGCUACCGCCCGGUGCGGGCCCGGGGCUGCUCCAGCCCUGACGCUGACUCCGAUGACGGCCGCAGCGUGCGGAGCGUUCGGAGCGUGCGGAGCGCGGCCCCCUUGGGUGCUGCUGACCCCAAUCCCGGCAGCCUGCGCCGCUCCGCAUCCGCCCUCGACUUCUCCCGGCAUCACCGGCACCGGAGCAGCUCCUGCUCCUCUGAGGAAGAGGAGGAGCGGAAGAAGAAGAGCCGCUCCAAGAAGCGCUCCAAGAAGUCCAAGAAGAAAUCCAAGAAGAAGAAGAAGCAGGAGUCGUCAUCGUCCGAAUCGGAUUCCUCCUCCGAUUCGUCCUCCGGCUCCACCAGCUCCUACCGCAGCACCUCCAGUGUCAAGAAGGGCCCAAAGGCAGCGGGGGGUGAGGAGCAGGGACACCCCGGCCGGGGCAAGAAGGAGGAGAAGCAGAGGAAGAAGCAGGUGGACAGCCUGAUGAUGAAGUAUCUGUACCGGCCCGAGAGCGACUGAGGCAGGAGCCCCCCAAGUUCCCGGCACCAUUUCACCUACGACAGAUGGAAUGAGGAGCAGGACGCCGAGGAAAGCACCCGCCGCUCAUCCCACAGCUCCCCCAGCGAGGCCGAGAGCCGGGCUGCCGAGACCCCUGCCUAGAGCCC